AUGGCUAGCCUCCUGGCAUCCGCCUUCCUUUUGGUUCUCCAAACGUUCGCUGCCCCACCUCAGGCGGCUUUUAGUUUGAACAGACUAGACCUUACCGACAACGACCAAGACGCGGCCUCGUCUCCUCCGCCGGGGACGAGCAAAAGAGCCCCGCAUAGCAUUAUAAUCGGGGUACGCAAAGGAGGUACGAGAGCCCUGCUGGAAAUGCUGGACAUCCAUCCCGAGGUGGCCGCCGCCGCGACCGAGGUGCAUUUCUUCGACUGGGACGAGAACUACGCCAAAGGCUUGGAGUGGUACCGUGAGCUGAUGCCCUACUCGUACCCGCACCAGAUAACCAUGGAGAAGACCCCGGGAUACUUCACGUCCACUCUUGCGCCCCAACGCAUCUGCGCCAUGAACUCAUCCAUGAAGCUGCUCCUGAUCCUCCGCGACCCGGCCGAGCGGGUGGUCUCGGACUACACCCAGGUGUACUUCAACCGUCUGGAGAACCACAAACCGGUGCAGGCCAUCGAGAACCUUCUGGUACGAAACGGGGCCCUGAAUACCCGCUACAAGGCCAUUCAGAGGAGCCUGUACGAUAUUCACAUGCGCAAUUGGCUGCGUCAUUUCCCUCUGGAACAGAUUCAUAUCGUGGAUGGCGAUUUGCUUAUUCACGACCCCUUGCCAGAGCUUCAAAAAGUGGAGCGCUUCCUCAACUUGCCUCCCAGGAUAGUCGCCUCCAACUUCUACUUCAAUCAGACGAAGGGAUUUUACUGUAUUCGAAGCGACGGUCGAGAGCGAUGUCUGCACGAGUCCAAGGGCCGCCCGCACCCUGCGGUCAACAGUACUGUUCUCCAACAACUUCGUUCUUACCUGCAGGAGCACAACAGGACCUUCUUUCGGCUGGUGAAGCGCACCUUCAAUUGGCAGUAAUAAAGCACCGUGGCAUAAAUCGUACUCAAAGGAGGGAGGCAGCCAGCCAGGCAGGCAGAAUGAGGCCUCAAGCACUUUACACAACUGACAUUGAA